CCACGUUUGCGCGCAUGCGCAGUCCAAUCCCAUCGGUGUUCCGGAUUCGCUUAGACAGAGUAGGAUAAUCAUCAUUGUGUGCCUUAUUUCAUUAUCUUCAAUAUUUAUUAGACCGAGCACGAAGUGGUGGGUUCGGGCUUUUUGUAGGAGAGGACUCGCUUAGACACGGCACCGAGAGGACGUCUGUAAAAUGAACUUCUUCAGGGGAGUGAUGGGCGGGCAGGCAGCCGGGCCGCAGCCCUCUGGAGCGGAGACGAUCCAGAAGUUGUGUGACCGAGUUGCCUCCUCAACGCUUCUAGAAGAUCGCAGAGAUGCUGUUCGAGCUCUUAAAUCCCUUUCAAAGAAAUAUCGCAUGGAAGUUGGAACACAGGCGAUGGACCACUUGAUUAACAUACUUCAAACGGACAGAUCGGACUCUGAAAUCCUUGGCUAUGCUUUGGACACGCUGUACAAUGUCAUCUGCAAUGAUGAGGAGGAAGAGCAAGAUGAAUCGGAAGAUGCAGUAACCCCGCUCCCUGUCUCAGGGAAGCAUAAGAAUGUGUCCAUGCCUGAUGAGAAUGCCCAAAAGCAGGCAGACGACCUUGGUGCCCAUUUCACAGACAAGUUCAUCCAGGACCCAGAGCAUGUGACCCUGCUUCUCACUCUGCUGGAGGAGUUUGACUUUCAUGUCCGAUGGCCUGCUGUGAAAUUGCUGACUGCUCUCCUGAAGAACCAAGGCCCCCAGGUCCAGGGUAUCAUUCUUGUUAGCCCUAUGGGUGUUUCCAGAUUGAUGGAUUUACUUGCAGACUCAAGAGAAGUAAUUCGCAACGACGGCCUGCUGCUGCUUCAACAGCUGACUAAAGGCAAUGCUGCCAUUCAGAAAAUUGUGGCAUUUGAGAACGCAUUUGAACGCCUCCUGGAUAUUAUCACAGAGGAGGGCAGCAGUGAUGGAGGUAUUGUGGUGGAGGACUGUUUGCUGCUGCUGCUUAACCUUCUAAAGAACAACAGCUCCAACCAGAACUUCUUCAAGGAGGGCUCCUACAUUCAGAGAAUGAAACCUUGGUUUGAGGUUGGUGACGACAACUCUGGUUGGUCUGCACAAAAGGUCACCAACCUCCAUCUCAUGCUGCAGUUGGUUAGAGUCAUGGUGUCUCCAGUAAACUCUCCUGGAGCUACAGCCAGCUGUCAGAAGUCUAUGUAUCUGUGUGGCCUGCUGCAGCAGCUGUGCACCAUCCUCAUGGCCACUGGUGUACCUGCUGACAUCCUCACUGAGACCAUCAAUACUGUGUCAGAGGUUAUCAGAGGCUCACAGGUCAACCAGGACUACUUUGCUUCUGUCAAUGCACCUUCAAACCCACCAAGACCAGCCAUUGUGGUUCUGCUUAUGUCCAUGGUGAACGAGAGACAACCGUUUGUGCUUCGCUGUGCAGUCCUCUACUGUUUCCAGUGUUUCCUCUACAAAAAUCAGAAGGGCCAGGGAGAGAUUGUGGCAACACUGCUCCCCUCCACUAUUGAUGCCAACUCCAUCUCAGCGGGCCAGCUGCUUUGCGGGGGCCUGUUCUCGGCAGACUCGUUGUCCAACUGGUGUGCUGCUGUGGCCUUGGCUCACGCCCUGCAGGACAACCUCACCCAGAAGGAGCAGCUGCUGAGGGUCCAGCUUGCCACCAGCAUGGGCAACCCACCUGUGUCCCUGCUCCAGCAGUGCACCAACAUCCUCUCCCAGGGAGAUAAGAUCGUCCGGCGGGGCAGUAAAGUGCAGACGAGGGUGGGCCUUCUUAUGCUGCUGUGUACGUGGAUUAGCAACUGUCCCAUUGCUGUCACACACUUUCUCCACAAUCAGGAAAAUGUUCCAUUUCUGACUGCUCAGAUCUCAGAGAACCUGGGAGAGGAUGAGAGGCUGGUUCAGGGUCUGUGUGCGCUGCUUCUGGGCAUCUGCAUAUAUUACAAUGACAACUCCCUAGAGAACUACACCAAAGAGAAGCUAAAACAGCUGAUUGAGAAACGAAUCGGAAAAGAAAACUUUGUAGAGAAACUCAGCUUUGUUGCCAAGCAUGAGCUGUAUUCACGGGCAGCCCAGAAGCCGCAGCCUGUUUUUCCAUCUCCAGAGCAGAUGCUGUUUGACCAUGAGUUCACCAAGCUGGUAAAAGAACUGGAGGGUGUCAUCACCAAAGCUGUUCACAAGUCUAGCGAGGAGGAGAAGAAAGAAGAGGAGGUGAAGAAAACAUUGGAACAACAUGACAACAUUGUAACUCAGUAUAAAGAGCUGAUCAGAGAACAGGAUGCUCAGAUCCAGGAGCUGAAAGAAAAGGUAGUGUCUAUGUCAUCUCAGAAUGAACAGUUGCAGGCUACAGUCACCCAGCAACUGUCUCAGAUCCAGCAGCACAAAGACCAGUACAACAUCCUCAAACUAAAGUUAGGUAAGGACAACCAGUCUAACAGCCAGGGGGAUGGUUCUCAGGUGAACGGGCUGCAGACAGAAGAGCUGACGCAGCUCAGGGAGGAGGUGGAGGAGCUCCACAAGCAGCACGCACUCCUUCAGACUCAACUUGGUGACAAAGAUGCACUUAUUGACACCCUGAAAUCAGAGGCUGCACAGAAAGCUGAGUGUUCAGCAGGAGCAUCAGACAACACAGACCUACUCAAGGAGUUGGAGGCUCUGAGAAGUCAGGUUCAGUUGCAGUCAUCAGAAAUCAACCUGCUGAAGACUGAGAGACAAGACCUGCUGAAAAGAGCUGAAACCGGGCUCUCUGACACAGUCUCAACCGGUGACAGCUCAUCAGACCCUGCCAAGAUGGCAGAUCUGGAGAACAGGCUUGCAGCACAAACAGCUGAGACAGAGAAACUCAAGGAUGAGACAAAGAGUUUGUCAGAGAGCCGGGCAGACCUGGAGCAGCAGCUGGCUUCAGCCACCAGCACAGUGGCAAUCCUACAGACAGAGAAUGCAAAGCUGCAAACGGAGGUUCAAGAGUCUAAGAAGGAGCAGGAUGACCUUCUAAUGCUGCUGGCAGACCAGGACCAGAAGAUCCACAGUCUCAAACAGAAACUCAAAUCCCUGGGACAGACGGUGGAAGAUGAAGACGACCUGGAUGCCAGGGACCAAACGGAUGAUGAUGAGGAGGAGGAGGAUGAUGACAAUGAGGACUAGUGCAAAACCCUGAAAGAAUUUAAAGGGAGAACUGGGGAUAGAUUUGCCAGCAGGGGAGAAAAAACUGCAGAAACAAACCUGGGAAACCGAAGCACUGGACUGAUGGUUUCUCUUCCAGCUGCCAUGCUUUCUUUAUCUUUUUUAUUCCUUCUGUUGCAUCACAUGAACAUUUUACAGUAGUGUUCUGUUCAAAGUAAAGUUCCACCUUCUAGAGAAUGAGUUUUCAGUGAUCCAUAUAAGAUUUGAACAUGUCAGUGCAUUCACCCGUGUAAAUCGGUUUGUGAUGGAUUUUACCAGUUUUGUGCUUAUUGUACGUUUUCGUGAAUAGUUUGUAAUCACAGAAAACACUAGAUUAAUUUUAACAUGAGUCAUCUGGAACAUUUAAACAACUGAAAAUGUAGCAACAACAAGCAGAUUAGAUGUUAUUCUGAUUUUAUUAUAAACAUGAUGGUGAGGAUGCUCUCUCAGCUUGUUAGGAUGAUCUCAGACGCUGGGAUGUCUUAACAUCACAUGCAACACGUCUCUGUGCUGGUCCUUGCACAGUGAAUUCACCAGCAUUCACACCCCCCUCAGUUUGAAUUUAGUGUUCAAGUAUUCUCCAGUAGUUGAGUUUUCACUAACUGCUCUACAAUAUGCUGCAAAACACUGACAAACAACAUGUAAAGGCAAAAAAGGUAUUUUUGCAACUUUUUGUCCAGUACUGGCAUCAAGCUUCUGUAUAAUACUGUGUAACUUAUCGAUUUAUGAGCCACAUUGAAAUGAAUAAAGAAUUUAUCAGUC